AGACAGUUUUGCACGAUGAUUGAGCCCUUCUUAGGAACCUGGAAACUGGUCUCCAGUGAAAACUUCGAGGAUUACAUGAAAGAACUGGGAGUGGAUUUUGCAGCCAGGAAUGUCGCAGGUUUAGUAAAGCCAAGUGUUAGUAUCAGUUUCAAUGGGGAAAAGGUGAACAUCCAAACAGAAAGUUCAUUCAGGAACACAGAGAUCUCCUUCAAGCUGGGGGAAGAAUUUGAUGAGACCACUGCAGACAACCGGAAAGUGAAGAGCAUCAUAACGUUAGAAGGUGGGUCAAUGAUCCAGGUCCAAAAAUGGCUCGGCAAAGAGACAACAAUUAAAAGAAAAAUUGUGGAUGGAAAGAUGGUGGUGGAAUGUACCAUGAACAGCAUCGUCAGCACCAGGACCUACGAAAAGGUGUGAAGAAAUGGUGGGCACCAGCAAGAACUUGGCGCUACAGAAAACUUGC